AUGGGCUCCGCGAAUCCUAAAUUCGUCUCCUACAUCUCUCCUACAUUUUUACCGAAGCCUUUUUUUGUCUCAGUUCAUUCUACCAACCCCCACAAGAAAUACAAAUUGAACAUGCCCGCGACAUCGCGCAUUCGGCUUGAGUUCACAUCCAUUUCGGUAUCGGCUGUUGCGUACACAUCCCGCUUCGCACAAAGAAUAUCGCACACCAACCACCACGCGGAUGGAAACACAAAUUUGCCCGACGGAUUGCAACCUGUUUACUGCCACCUGGCCUUUCUUAGAUCAAAAGCAAUGCCACAAUCGUCCUUUGACGGUGCAUAA